UUGGCGCCGGCGGAGCGUUGCGGUCACGUGACGGCACGUCACCGAUCUGCGCCAGCUUGUCUCCGCGUUCCGGCCUCGAACGCUCACUCGGAGCCCUGCGAGGAGCGGCGGAGGUCGCGGCCCACUGGCGGGCAUGGUUUGCAAUUGGUGCCUGUCCCAGCCCCAGAAGGAAACCUGCAUCAUGUGUUUACUAACUGCUCUUCAUUUACCUAUUGAUGCCGCCCAAGAAACGAUGCUGCCAACGGUAUCAGAGGCCCCAGCUGAUAUUCUACCAACAGCCACUGGAGGGCCCCAAACACCAUUGUGAAUCUCCACAGCGGCCCAUGACCCGCCCUCUACAGGUGCCCAGCAAGCCCAUUGACAAGGGCACUAUCAUUUCCUGGGUAUCACCUCAAUUUGAUGUAACAGUAGAAAGCCAGUUUCCAGCACACCGGAAACAUCACCACCGAGACCAGGCAAGACAAUCAACUCGAAAAUCUGCCUGCAAGUUUCCACGCCUAAUGUUUGAGAGUCCACAGUCUUCCAACUCAGAGACAUUGGCGAUAUCCUUAAACAGAGAGAGCCCCCAUCACUUAGAAAAGGACAAUCCCAGAAGGCCUUUAGUCCCAGUGCUCAGUCCCCCAAACUGUGGGGAACUGUCCAUGUACACAUCUCAAAGCUUGCCUCAUGAGUUCAUUCCACCUGAUAUCCAGACCCCGGGCUCUUCUGUGAGAGAAGAUCCCAUUUCCCCAGAUCAGAGGGAAAACAGUCUUCCAAGCUUCAUUCUUGCUGGAGCUCCUGACAGCCCAGAACCUGGGCCUGUUCUGGUUAAAGACACCCCUGAAGAGGAGUAUGGGCUAAAGGUCACAUGGAGAAGAAGAAGUCAGCUGUUUGCCUACCUUAAGGAGAAAGGGAAGCUGAGUAGAAGCCAGUUCCUUGUGAAGAUCUGACUACAUUUCACACGCCUCAUCAGCAGUCUCAAAAGUUGCUGAUUUUCACUUUCUAGCUCGUAAGAGUAUAUUGAAAGAAUAAAAUAUAACAAUCAGUAGAAAAAAAUUUAGCUAGAGGCCUAGAAUUAUAAGGGAUCUCAAUUUCUAGAUUUGCUUAAGACACCUUUGUAUUAGAAGUAGUUGAAUUUGGUGCCAUGAAUUGUACAUAUUUUUGUGUUAAUACCUGUUUAAAAUAUCUUGUACUGUUUCAAAUGUAGCAAAAGUCUUUAGAGAGCUCUGCGUUAGUAAGGCAGUACUGUUGUCCACCUAUAAGAGGUCUUCAGUCAUUCAUCUUUUGCCUUAAACCAAUUCAUCCCACAUUUUUCAGUACUAAUUGUAAGGCUUGGUGGCAGCUUCCUCCAGGACCUGAUGGACAAAAAUAAAGUGAACUCUGAUUUUUUUAUGGUUGAUAGGGACCUCUACAACUUUGGCUUAUCUGCCAAAAGGGCAGCCAGCCCAGUGUUGGCAAAUAUAGUGGAGUGGGGGGAGGCACAGCGGACAGGUGACUCUUAGGUUUAUAUUUUGAGGUUUUGUUUACAGUGGGAGAAAUCUGCCAAUGUUAAGUGGUGGGAAAAUGGAUUCUUACAGCAACUGUUAAACUAUGUGUAAAUAAAGUGGAAGAAUAGUUCUUGUGUAA